AUGAACUUUCUAGAAAAUAUUACACUCCGGCGUACUGGUCGUACUCGCACAAAAUCAGACUCGCAAAGCAAAGUAAGUCAAUAUGAUAACGAAUUACUAACUCAUUCAAAGGACGACACGGCUACUAGUGUCCCAGAUAUGAGUAAGGAUGACUCAUAUGAUCAAGAAUUAAUAACAAAUUUAAAGAAACAAGUUGAGAAAUUGACUCUUCAAUUAAGUAGUGCUGAGGAAGAAAUUGAUAAUCUUACAUUAGAAAACAACAAUCUAAAACAGUCAAACGAGGAGCUUCAAAAAAUUACCAACAGCCCUGCAAAAAAAAUCUAA